AUGGUAAGCGAGCGAGUGGGAGCAAAUGCAAGGGCCGAAACCGUGUCUGAUUGCGCCCCAGUUUUCCAUCCAUGGCUGCGCGGCCGCGUCCAGGCCGCCCUGACUCGCGCCUGGACGACACGCGUACCGGUCCUGCAGUACGCAUCCCCGGCCGAGGUGGCGGCUGGUGUUUUGCGGCAGGAGGUGUUGGAGGCUGUUUCGGAGGAUGCUGCCAUCCCAUCGCGACCCUGGAUCAUCAUCGACUUUUGUGCCGGCGGCGGCGGACCGACGCCGAGCAUCGAGCGUAUCCUCAACAGCAGCAGCAACAAGAGCAAAACCACAUCGCCGACGCAGUUUGUCCUCACCGACCUGCACCCCCACAUCGACGACUGGGCUGCAGCCGCGGCCCAGAGCCCCAACGUGCGGUAUGCAGCCGAGCCAGUGGAUGCCAGUGCGGCCGAGCCGGCGGCGAUUCUGGCGGCUGCCGGUCUGGGCCCCGAGACGACGGCGGCUCAUCCACGGGUCCUGCGGCUCUUCAACCUGGCCUUUCACCACUUUGAUGACCCGCUGGCCCGAGCGAUCCUGCGCAACACGGUCGAGACCAGCGACGGCUUUGGCAUCCUCGAGCUCCAGGACCGCUCCGUCUCCGCCUUCUUCACCACGCUCGCCUUCGGGCUCGGCAUCCUGCUGACGGCACCCUACUACGCCUGGCGCUGGCGCUCGCCCAUGACGCUCGUCUUCACCUACCUGCUGCCCAUCCUGCCGUUUGUGCUCGUCUUCGACGGCUGGAUGUCCAUGCUGCGCACCCGCACGCCCGACGAGGUCGCCGCCCUGCUGCACUCCUGCGGCGCCACCCCGGCCGACGUCGCCCGCUGGGAACUGCACAGCGGCGAGAUUCGCCAUCUGUGGCCGUGCGGCUACCUCAAGUGGAUCGUCUGCGUCAAGAGACAGGAGUGCGAGGCGGUGAAGGCCGUCGAGGCGGUGGGAGCCGUAGGAGCGGUCAAGACCACGGACCAGUCUGUCCGCCAUCGAGCCACAAUCGAUGUAAAGGGGUAG